CAUCCCUGGACCUGCUAGCCUCCUCCUUCCAUCCCUCCUCCCUCCACCUUCCCCUGCGGCUGGUUCUAAUCCGUCCACUAUAAUAAACCCUAACCAUACCUAUAAGAGCUUUUCUGAAAUCAUAAGUUCUUCUAUCAAAUCAUCGAACCUGAGCGAGGUCUUGGGGGCUCCUGAGUGACAGGCGUUCCUGGGUGAACCAGGCGGACUGGGGAGGCUGCGGCAGAGAGGACAGCAGGAGCGACCCGGAGGCAGGAGAAGGCCGCCCGGGCCGUGGAGCCGCCUCCUGUGCACCCUGCACUCUGCCUGGCGCUCACAGACCCAGCUGCCCAUGGCCCUGCCCACCUUUGCACGUCGUGGAGAGCUUGGCCCUCACUUUGACCUGCUCCCACGAAGCUCCCGGGCGGGCCAGCAAGAUGCAGCCAGGCCCGCGGGUGCCAAGACAUGGAUGCGGAGAGAGAGGCCCUGCAGGGCACCGCCUACCCGGAAGUGCGCCUUCUGCCAGCAGCUCGGCCUGAUGUUCGAGGUGGUGGAUCUGAGGUGGGGUGUUCAGAACACGGAGGCCACUGACCACAUGACCACCGAACUCUGCUUGGAGGAGCUGGAGCGGUGUCGGAAGUCGUCCAUCGGGCCAGCUUUCGUUGCCCUUGUAGGUGACCAGUAUGGCCCCUGUCCAGUCCCCUCAGUGAUCGAGGAGAAGGAAUGGGAGGCACUGAGGGUCCCGCUGACGGCCAGGCCACGUGACCUGGAGCUGGUGGCCCGACGCUUCCGGAGGGAUGAGAAUGCGGUUCCUCCCACCUACGUCCUGCAGGCAGCAGGGGAUGUGGAGGCCCCUGGGCCUGAGGAGGCCACCCUGACCUCUGUCCUUCGCUCUGGAGCCCAGGAGGCCUGGAGGCUGGGCCUCAUCAGCCAGGAGCAGUGUCAGCGCCACCACCGGUCAGUCAUGGAGUGGGAGAUAGAGCGGGGCCUGCUCAGCUCAGCGGACGGGCAGCGGGGCGCCACGGUCUUCCUCCGCGAGAUCCGCGACCUCCACAAGCACAUCCUGGACGACUGUGCCCUCAGGAUGGUGGACCGGCUCGCCGACGGCUGCCUGGACACCGACGCCCAGAACCUUCUGAGGGAGCUCAAGGGACGCAUCGCCGACGCGCACCCCAGGGCCCUCAAGACCCACUGCCUGCCGUGGAGCCGGGACCUGGUGAACCCCAAGAACAAGGCUCACGCCCGCUACCUGAGGGAGCUGGGGGAGCAGUUUGCGGCCAGGGCCAACCACCAGGUCCUCGAGCAUCUCCGGGAGCUGGAACUGGCCAGGCAGGACUUGGCGUGGCUCUACCAGGAGAUCCGCCACCACCUGGCGCAGAGCGCGGAGGCCGCCGGGACCUUCUGUGGACGCCGGGAGCUCCUGGCUCAGCUCGGGCAGCGGCUCAGGCGCGACGACGGCCAGCCCCACGCCCCCCUGGUGCUCUUCGGCCCCCCGGGCGUCGGGAAGUCGGCCCUGAUGUGCAAGCUGGCUGAGCAGAUGCCCGGGCUGCUCGGCCACAAGACGGUGACUGUGCUGCGGCUGCUGGGCACCUCGCAGAUGAGCUCGGACGCCCGCGGCCUCCUCCGGAGCCUCUGCUUCCAAGUGUGCCUGGCCUACGGGCUGCCCCCGCCCCCGGCCCAGGUCCUGGAGGCGCAGGCCAGGCUGGGCCAGUUUCUCCACCGCCUGCUCCACACCGUCUCCUGCAGGAACUUUGAGUCCCUGGUGCUGCUGCUGGACUCUGUGGAUGACUUGGACUCCGUUCGAGGCUCUGGGAGGGUCCCCUGGCUGCCUCGCAGGUGUCCCCCGAAGGUGCACCUCAUCCUCUCUGCUUGCUCGGGGCAGCGGGGGGCUCUGGACGCGGUGCGGCGGACAGUCACAGACCCGGAGUCCUACUGGGAGGUCAGGCCCCUCUCUGGGGACCAAGGGCAAGAGAUGAUCCAACUCCUGCUGGAGGCGGCCAGGAGGACCCUGAGCCCCAUGCAGAAGGACCUGCUCUGGGCCAGCCUUCCGGAGUGCGGCCACCCGGGGCGGCUGAGGCUGGCUUUCGAGGAGGCCCGGAAGUGGGCCUCCUUCACCGUGCCCGCCCCUUUGGCCUCCACCGCGGAGGAGGCUACACACCAGCUCUGUGCCCGCCUGGAGCAGACGCACGGGCAGCUCCUGGUGGCCCACGUGCUGGCUUACAUCGUGUGCUCCAGGCACGGUCUCUCGGAGGCGGAGCUGAAGGACGUCCUGUCCUUGGACGACGAGGUGCUGCAGGUGGUGUACCGGGACUGGACGCCCCCCAGCAAGGAGCUGCUGCGCUUCCCGCCCCUGCUGUGGGUGCGGCUUCGCAGGGACCUGGGUCACUGCUUGGCCCGGAGACCCGUGGAUGGCUUCACGCUCCUGGCUAUCGCCCACAGACAGCUGGCUGAGGUGAUCUGGGCGCGCUACCUGUCUGGGCCUGAGAAAGCCAAGCGGCACGGAGUCCUGGCUGACUUCUUCUCGGGUGCCUGGAGCCAGGGCACCAAGAAGCUCAUCACCCUGCCCCUCGUGGGGAAGCCCCUGAACUUGGACCGCAAGGUGGCCCCGCAGCCGCUGUGGUUCUCAGACACGGUGGCAAACCUGCGGAAGCUGAGGGAGCUGCCCCACCACCUGCUGCACUCGGGGCGCCUGGAGGAGCUGAAGCAGGAGGUGCUGGGCAGCAUGAGCUGGAUUUGCUGCCGGGGCAUCUCUGGGGGCAUCGAGGGCCUGCUGGAUGACUUUGACAUGUGUGCCCCUCACGUGGACUCCCCUGAGGUGGGCCUGGUCCGGGAAGCCCUCCAGCUCUGCCGUCCUGCCGUGGAGCUCCGAGGCCUGGACAGGAGCAUCCUCUACACCGAACUCCUGGCCAGACUCCACUUCUUCGCAGCGUCCCAUCCAGCGCUGGUGGGGCAGCUGUGCCAGCAAGCCCAGAGCUGGUUCCGGGUAUGCCCGCAUCCUGUGCUGGUGCCCCUUACAGGAUUCCUCCAGCCCCCCGGAGGACCCCUGCAGGCAGUCCUCACUGGCUGUCACAAAGGUAUCACCGCCAUGGCAUGGAGCCUGGAAGAGAAGCUGCUGGUGGUUGGCACCCAGGACGGCAUUGUGGCCGUGUGGGACAUGGAGGAGCAGCAGGUGACCCACAUGCUAACAGGACACACUGGAGAGGUGAGAUGCGUGAAGGUGUUUGCAGAAGGGAUUCUUGCCAUCUCUGCCUCCAAGGACCACACGCUGCGCUUGUGGAACCUACUCUCUGGCCAGGAGAAAUUUGCCAUUUGGGAUGGAGGCUCAAAAAAUUCCAGUGAACCUCAGAUCUGGAACCUCCAUGUGGAUGAAAUGAAUAAAAUCGUGUAUUCAGCCUCUGGCUCCAAGAUCAAUGCUUGGAAUUUGGAAACUGCGGAACUGAUUUUCCGCCUCCUGGGAGAUGCCUCGGAUCCCUGGAUGAGCACAGCCGUGCUGGUGUCCCAGAACAGGCUGCUGACCGUGUCCAAGGGCGGAGAGGUCACUCUGUGGAACUCGGCCACGGGAAGUCUGCAGGGCAAGCACCAUUUGUCCAGUGUCAAAGAAGAGACCCCCACCUGUGCAGUCUCCGUCCAGAAACAAGGAAAGCUGGUCACUGGGUUUAGCAACGGCUCCAUCUCUUUGGUUUCCUCUGAAGGAGACAGGUUGCUGGAGAAGCUUCCAGAUGCCUUGGGAUUCCUGGUGGUCUCUGAAGACGAGUCCCUUCUGGCCGCAGGCUUUGGAAGAUCCGUGCGGAUAUUCUUGGCCGACUCGCAGGAUUUUCACCGUUUCAUGGCCACCGACUUGGAACAUGAAGACGUGGUUGAGACAGCUGUUUUUGGUGCUGAGAACAACCUGAUUGUCACAGGGUCCCGGGAUGCACUCAUUCAGGUGUGGAGUCUGUCGGAGCAGGGGACCCUGCUGGACAUCCUGGAAGGUGUGGGAGCCCCUGUGAGUCUGCUGGUCCGGGGUGGGGCUCUGGUGGCCUCUGCCUCCCGGCAGUCUUCCUCCUUCAAAGUCUGGGAUCUGACCUACACUCAGAAGUCCCGGGCCUCCGCUCCCUUCCUGGACCGCACGGGCCUCACCGCGGUGUCCCACAACGGAAGCUACAUCUACUUCCCCAAAAUCGGGGACAAAAACAAAGUCACCAUUUGGGAUGUGGCAGAAGGUGAGGAGCAAGAUUCCCUGGAUACUUCCAACGAGGUCAAGUGUCUGGAGGUCGCCGAGCAAGCCAAGCUCCUCUUCACGGGGCUUGUUUCGGGAACUGUGCUCGUGUUCCCCCUGGACUCCCGGCAGGAUGUGAUGUGCAUCCCCCCACCUGAGGCCCGCAAGGCCAUCAACUGCAUGUCCUUGAGCAAGAAUGAGGACCGUCUGGCCAUUGCCUAUGACAACAUCGUCCUGGUGCUGGACAUCAGCCCUGGAGACCCCUGUCCGGUCAUCGAUGGGCCGACAUACACCUUUUAUACCCAGCUGCCUGAGACCAUAGCCCGUGUGGCUGUUUUGGCUGACCACCGAGUAGUCUAUGGCAUGACCAAUGGUGACCUCUUUCUGUACGAGUGUGCGAAUUCCAAGGUGUUUCCCUUGGAGGCCCACAGGAGCCGAGUCACCUGUGUGGAGGUCAGCCACAAGGAAGAGCUGGCGGUCAGCGGGUCUGAGGAGGCCCUGCUGUGCCUUUGGGACCUGCAGGCGUGCAAGUGGAAAUUCGAGAUGAGCUAUACGAGUUCCUUCUGCAGAGGGAUCCAAUGUGCUUGCUUCUCCAAGGACGACAAGUAUGUGUACGUGGGCCUCAAGGACCGCUCCAUAGUUGUCUGGAGUGUGCUGGAUGGUACCCUGCUGGCUUUCCAGUUUGUCCAUGCAGUGGUAAAUAGAAUCAUCCCCACCUCCAAUGGCUUUAUUGCUCCCACGAGACAUGGCUAUCUCAUCCGAGAGCGUUUCCACUGCCCUUCAUCAAGAGCCUCACAGCAGGAUCCUCUCAAGAACUUCAAGAAGGCAGUGUGGAUAGUCAAAUCCAGGCAGAAAGAAGAGUUGGCUGCAGAAACACCCCAGGACUUGACAUCAAAGACUGGCCAGGGAAACAAAUCCAAAUCGAACAAACAUUCGCAAGUCUGCCUGUUAGUGUAAAACCCCCCAUGGGAGUGUGAGGUUCCAAUGAGUUUACCCUAUCAAAUCUGCUUGAAGCAAAGAGAGUGCAUUUGCUGGUGCACAUGUGGACCCAGGGCCUCAGAUCAUGAAACUAGGCCUCACUUUUUUUCAUCUUUCCAUCUUUCCUUCCUCUUUUUUGGUCCAUCCUCAUAUCUGUCACCCUCAGAUUAGCAACAAACAUGCUACCAUCUCCAAGUUCAGUAGAGAAGACAACUUCCCUUUCCCCAGAGUUUAAACCUAGUUCUAGCCCUGGCUCUAUUGGCUCCAAUUGACUCAACACUCAUCCUUGAACCAAUUACGGUCUCUAGGAGAAUGCAGUGCUCUGAUUGGCUGGCUUGUAUCAAUCAGAGCUGAGGAUGGAGAUAAUGGCUACCCAACCAUGUUGAUUGAGAAUGGGAGAAGGUAUUUCUGGGAGGGAAACUGGGAUGCUAGGACCAGGAUGAAGGAGGGAUGAAAGAAUGUGAGACUGACCAAAAACACUGAUGUGGACCACAGAGGUUUACAGUCUAUGAAGCAACAGAUGCUGUUAUCUGAGCCUCAUCACAACUCAUACUUUAGGGAGGGCAGGAAUUUCUGCAUCCAUUUUACACAGGAGCAAACACAGCCUUGCAGAAGUAACUAGGAUUUGCUUCAAGUCACAAGCCUUUUUGUACAAAAGCUGUGAGAAAUGAGAUCCAGGAAGCUUCGUUAGCAGUCCUCGUGGGACCACCUCUCCAGUUUUAGUCUUGGAAGUACGAUGCAUCCAUUCCAUGGGGUGGGUGCACACUCAAAUGCCCACAAGGGCCAGUGAGUAAUCUAGAUGACUCCCACACACCUGAGCGUACCUCAGGGAAUGACAGCCUGGGCACACGGAGGGUACGUGUUCUCUCUCAGGUGGGCAUGAGCAUCCCAACGUUAGCCCAGAAUGGCCACAGCAAAAGCGCCCUCCCGUUGCUAGAUCUUCUUUUCUGAAAGCCAGACAUCUAGGCUUUUAUGCAAAAUGUUCCUAUUUCUUAAAGUUGGCAAUCGUCUCAAAUUUAUAUCUAUAGGCACAUUUGGCCUGCCUGUCUCUAGUUCAUGAGCUGACUUCAUGAUUCAAGCUACAUUACAAUAAUAAACAUGUUAUAAUUCUCCCAGCACUAUUCCUUGGCUCCCAAGCAUCUAGGAUAAAGAUGCUUUUUUUAUCUUGAAAACUGGAGGCUCUUGGAAGCAGGCAGAGAGAGCGAGCUGUUGACAUCUCUGCUCUGCUUUUGGACCAUCUGCCUGUGCAGGUUCAGCAGCUGAACUGAUUCAUUUCACUGACAUGGAUCUUUCCUCUUUGCCCAUAGUCUUCUAAAAAGCCCUGCUUGCCUCUGAAGCCUUUGCUGUUAUGGUAGGGAGUCCAAACCUUUCAGGUGCUGCUCCUUCUCCCCUCCAUUGGAUUCUAGACGCUUUCAGUAAAAGCAACCUGGGAGGACCGGGUGUUCUUGUGGUUGGUGCUCAGGAUGGAGGCCUCGCACAUGCUCAGCAAGUGCUGUGCCACAGAGUGACAAGCCAUAGCGCAGAAAAUGAGGCUUUCAGGUGGAGCCUGACUAUAUUGCUCAUUUGUUUCCCAAACCAGGGUUCCAAGGUGGGCUCUGGCAGUUCUGUAAAUGUUAACAUCCACUUCCACUUUAAAAUAUUUAAACUGUGAUCUUAAAAUGUAUACUCAGGUGCACUGGGCAUCAGCUUUCUUUUAGGUUUUUAAAAAUUCUAUUUUAUUUUUAUUAACAUGUAUUAAUUGUACAUAGUUUUGGUGUUCAGUGUGAUAUUUCAACACGUGUGUAUAACCCACCCUCCCAUCCAGCCUUCCUGACCUCUAGUAAUCACCGCACUGCACUUGACACAUUUAUUUUAUGUUUAAGCUUCCAUAUACGAGAGAGAACACACAGCACUUGUCUUUCUGUCUGGCUUAAUUCACUUAACACGGUGUCCUCCAGUUCCACCCACUUUGCACAAAUAAAGAACUUCAAUCUUCUUUAUGACUGAAUGAUACCCUGUUGUACAUAUAUACCACAUGUUCUUUGUUCAUAUCCAUCAUGGGCACCUAGGCCAAGUUCAUACCUUAGGAGCAGCUUUUAAGGUGCUGGAAGUCACUAAUUUAGGGUUGCUUCACCAUCUCUGUUUAACUAAAGAGCACACUUAGCUUGUGAGGGGACCCUUAGGGCGGGAAGCAACUCUUUGCCAACAUGUCUGUGCAUCAGGUAUUAACUCAGUACAGAAAUAAAGUGGAUGCUUAACACAGGGAGAUCUCAUCUAUAAUCUCUGCUUUAAAAUUUCUGUGUCCAUCUUAACAAAGUCAAGAAAUCAAGAUUGAUUGAUUCCGUGAGAAGCAAUUACUCUGCGUUAAAUACAGUCACGUGUCCCUGACCGACAGGCGCGCACUCUGAGACGUGUUGUUAGGUCAGAGGACAGGCACGGCACAAAUGGGUUCUGUGUUGAGUGGCUCACCAGGUGCCAGCGAAACUGGCUUCUCGUGGGGAAGCUCGAAGCCAGAUCCAAGUUCAUUCAGGUCAUUGGCAGAAUCGAGCUCCUUGAAGCUGUGGGACUUGGACCUCAGGGGCUCCUAGAGCUGCCCAUCUCCAUGGACAGGUUGCCAAACAGCCAGUUCCUCUUUCAACACCAGCAGGACUGCACUUCUAUGAUCCUUUCAGUCUCUGAUCUCCAGAUUAUCUUUUAAGCAUGUCCUUUAUUAGGACAGGCCCACCCAGAGUAAUCGCUUCUGAUCAGCUCAAAAUCAACACUUACAUAUCUGCACAUAUACCUUCCAAAUCCAUUCGCCCUCACUCCUUGCUACCAUGAUGUUUGGAUCCUCCAGGAAUCAUGAGCCAAAUAAACCUCUUCACCUUACGUUAACUGGCUUUGGGUAUUUUGUUAUAGCAACAGAACAUGGACUCAUAGAUUGACAUGGGGUAUGUGCAAUACUUUGGCUCUUGAGUGUCCUCCAAAGGUCUAUGUGGUAAAGGCUUGGUCCCCAGAGUGACACUAGUGGGACAUGGUGAAAUCUUAGAAAGGCAGAACCUAGUGGAAGGCCUUCUGUGUCAUUGGGAGUGUGCCUGGGUCUUUGCUCUUCCUCUCUUUUUCACUUCCGGGUCAGU